GAAAUGGGUUGUGAAUGGAAAGAUAUAGAAUACCUUAGGAAAACUACGUAUUAAUAAUUUUUUUUAAUAAGUUGGCAAUCAAUAAAUCGUAAUAAAUAUGGAAAUAAGCAUUUUGUGGUGUGAUUGGCGCAAUAGUGUGGGCUACCGGACUCUGGUGUCAUUUUCAUGAAAAAAUUACGAUUUUUCUGGCGUAAUAAGUCGGUUUUGAAAGAACGUUAACGAGAGAAUCUAUUGAGGCACUAUUUUUACCAUUGUCAAAUGGUAAUUGUAACAUCUCCCCACCUAUCUAGUUGUUUGCGAAAUCGCUUCAGCGACGUCGACACACCCCCGAUUUUGCACUUUUCGCGUAUCGCAAAACUUUAGUCGGUCAUCGAGCGUCGCGGCGCGCAGAACCUUCGACGUCCGUCUCUGACUUGGUCAGUCACGUAGCGUAUUGGAUCGCACCUCAUCGCUUAAUAAAAAAAAAUGAGCGCUCAGAUUCUUCUGAUGUUCGGAGCAUUGGCUAUCAUCGUCGUAUCGGUGACGUCAUUGCAGUGCUUCCACUGCGGCCUCUACAACGACGGCGUUGGCUCCAUAACGCCCUGUAUCAACGAAACUUACAUGACCCUGAAGCCGUGUCCGCAUCGAGAGUCGAAUUUUUGCAUCAAAUAUACCAGCGAAGGGACCAUUGUGCGAGAUUGCGUAGAGAAAUGCGUCGAAAAAGAAGACUGGGGUUCGAAGACUUACUGCUGUAUGGAAGACGCAUGCAACUCUUCCCACCACCCGCUUUUCUCUUCAGCAUUAGUUGUAUUCCCAGUGAUGGUCGCGGUAACGGGUUUACACUGAGAAUAACAGGAGAAAAUCGAAGAUGUGAAGAAAAUCGAAGGAGUACUUUUAUUAAUUAGAUCUGCAUAUCAGUAAUAGAAAAACGAUCACCAAACACUUCGCAAAUUGUUUAUUUGAUUCCCAUAAUGUUUCAGUUUUUUUUUAUGUUUUCCAGUGAUAUCGCGGUAAAAGUACUCUUCUCAUUCCGAGUUAGAACGAGCAAGGUACAUAGCAUUGUAAGAAAAUAUUCCUGAAAUAUAUUCUAAAUAGCUUUCUCUCACUUAACUUAAUCAUCCUCAAGUAUACAGGUGUUGUAUGAGUAUGCUGAUCACGUAUCUACAAAAUCGUGAAAAAGCAAACGCCUUCGACCACGUUAUUGUGCAAAGGGCAACGACUUUAAGAUUGACGAACUGUUCACAAUUCUUAAAUUGUUCGGUUAUUUUGGUUCUUAUUAAGGUUUUACAAAGAGUAAGUUGUUCCUAAUUUGUAAAGCCACAUUUUCCUAGCUUUUAUUUAUAACUGAUGCUACUGACAAGCAAUCCAUUGAGUAUUUACCAACCAUGAUUAUUCUUGACACAUAAUAAAGCAGAAAGGCAAAAGUUGAAUUUUUUGCAUCCUGAUUUUGGACACACUGUACCCUGCGAAGAACCUCCGUUAUUAAUAAAGCUACCGUGAUUUGAUAGCCCCGUUACUUUUAAAAAGAAAUUAGCAACCUGUCACAGCUCUCUUUUCUUUUAGAUACAGAAUGAAAUUAAAAAUUUGCCAUAUUUAGAAAAAAUAAAAUAUCUCAAAAACGGUUUAGAGUACAUCUGGAAUAUGCAAGGAAUUGAAAAAUGCAAUAAUAUAUGAAGCAUGGCAUUAAAAAGACAAAAGUUGACAAACAUGUUCGGUAUAAACGUUAAAUGCUGUUAAUUUUUCAAAUUUUUAUUAAGACCCCUUCGCUUUUGAACAUCAUAUACAACGAGUUCCCUAAUCUUUUUCGAUAACAAAAUAUGUAACAGUUUUCCGAAUAUUUUGAAAUUUUGAAAUUGGGCUGAUUAUAUUUGAUAAUGAUUUUUCUUGAAUAAAACUUGACACGCUUAUUUGAGUUAACGGGUCCACCGAGAACAAAUUUUAGCUGGCUUUUAAAAACGUACAAAAUAUAAUUCGGAAUGUCCCGUCUUGGAUGCCAAUUCCAAUUAUUAAAUAAAUUCUUGCUUCCACUAGCAGAUGCAGAUCGUAGAAGUAUCGGUAAGAGUUUGUUCUGGUCUAUAUUUAACUAACUACCGUUUUCACCAUAUUUUUAGGAGCCAUCUAACUCUACGUGACACCUGUACUUAAGUUAGGUUAGACCUUUGUUUUCUAGACUACUAAAGUCGCUGGUAAUGUUAGCACACUUGCCAGAAAUCCUCAGUAAAUGAUCAUGUACCAAUAAAUUAAUCUAGAAAAAAAAAUGGAACAUUUUGGUAAAGAUUCGAAUUGUUAUACGGAAAUUGCCGCCUACAAUCUUAGUUACUUUUUCAAAUACUUAUUUUGCCAAGUGUCUUUUAUCUCUUUAUUAACAUCCACGAUUUUCAUACAUUUUGCUUUAGGGGAAACUGUUUUAUUUUUAAGGAGCUGAUUCUAUAGAGGAACGCCCAGAAUUGAGUGAAAGUAUUAGGGAUUAGCGAUUCCACAAAAAUAUCAAUUGCCAAGUAUAUGAAAGUAUAUCAAAAAUACAAUUAGGCCAGUAAAUACCUUAACCGAUUUCUUUUCAUAAACUUUGCUACCGAAAUAUUAUUCUGUGUUCAUACUACUGUACCUAAAAUGCAAAUGUAUCUUUCUCAUGGCUGAUAUAAUUGGGAGCCCUAACCUAUAUCGAAAAACUGAACAAUGUGAAGAUUCCAAACAACAAUAUACAACUUGUUAGAUAAGUUGUUAACUCCUAUUCAACAAAUGAAGUAACAUCUGACAAUGGACCACAGAUUAAAAUUUUGUGUAUGGAAAAGACCAUUCGAUUACUGAUGGACUCACCUACUCCCUAGUAAGGGAAAGUUGAAAAUACGGAAUGUACAACAUUCCUCAAAAUUAAGUGUUUGUUAGCCCUUCUCUGAAAUUUAAUUAUUCCCUAGUUAUCUGAACAUUGGGGACAAGGUGGUGGAAAUGGUCCAGAAGCCAUGGAUAUAAGUAGUUAUUAUCGCAUGCAUUUUGUUUUCGUAUCCAAAUAAAUCAAUUAAGAAACAAUUAAAUUACGCGUGAUCAGAAUGCACACCUGCACCCAUCAGCUUUGGCGAUUCCAGCUCAGAUCCCUAUUUUUAGAGUCUUAAGUUUUCGGCAGUCUUGUAUCUUAAUUAGGCAUUUACUAUAAGACACGCUAGAGUAUCUAUAUUGUAAGAGACCACCGAAAUUUUUGUAAAAAGAAAAAUAACAAAUUUAGAGUAAAUUAAGUCGUAAUAUUAAAACACAUAGCAUUAUAAGGAUGAAUUUGUAAAAGAGUUUUCGCAAUUACAAAGUGUGCAUCGCAUAAUGGUAGAUAUAUCAGCUUUUCUUAACUACAAUACAAUAAAACUCGAAUAAAGUUCCAAAAUAUUUAGGAUAGUUCAUGUUUAUAUUGUGCAACAGGUAUAUUUUGAUCACAUAGAUAUUCUCAAUAUAUGAAUAUGUAUUAACUUUGUUUUGUAUUUAACACAAGUAUAUUAAAUUGAAAUAUUGAUUUAUUGUUAUAGAAAUUUUCAAAUUAUCUCUCAUUUAUACAAUUUUUUUAAUUUAAUCAGUUCUCCCUAAUAUUUAUAUAGCAACAUUUUAAUACGGAUCUUAGUGAUUAAUUGAUAGAUUACCUUAAAAUUACCUAACCUCAAUUUAUAUUGAACAACCAAAUUCUUGUUGAUAAAAUAUUUCCUUUACUACAUAAUUACAAUUUAAAAAAAUAAUAGCAAAAUUGACAAUGCACAAGAAUAAUUUAUACCGUAAACGGAAAAUUUAUUUCCUCAACCUUUCCGCUAUGAUCAUGUUUGAUUGUUUGAAAAUUGUAGUCUAAUCUAAGCCCUUAACCGUGUAAUUUGUGAAAAAUAUUUCCACGCUCGCCUCGUAUUCGUUAUAAUAAGAAAAGCUUUUCGUACAAAUUUAAAAAUCACAUGAAAUUGUAAUAACCAAUGCACAUUGUGCUAUAUGUCGAUUAUAACUGUUAAUAAAUUAAU